AAUUAUCAGAGCCUGUAUACAUCCACUCCCUCCCCUUGAAAACUGAAUAGGAGAUGGGGAGGUUGUGUCUCUUCCCGGGUGUACUCUGGAUAGUUAAUUAUUAUAAGGCCUGUAAUUUGUUACUUUGUUCCCGUACAGUGUUGGUCAGCGGCAGUUGGUAUGUUUAGCACGUGCGUUGCUUCGUAAAAGUAAAGUUCUUGUUCUUGAUGAAGCCACAGCCGCGGUGGACCUGGAAACUGAUGAACUCAUUCAACAAACGAUUCGGCGGGAGUUUGCUGACCGUACCGUGUUUACUAUCGCUCACAGGCUCAACACCAUCAUGGAUUAUACAAGGUACCAUUACUGCGCUGUUCGAUUUGAUGUUUAAAAUUUUCCCUUACAACCUAUUUGUGCUUUUUUCAUUUUUUCCUUUCUUUUUUUCCUGUAGAGUUAUGGUCCUUGACAAAGGUUUUAUGGUAGAGUUUGACACCCCACAAGCAUUACUUGCGCAGCAGGGAAUUUUCUACAGCAUGGCUUGUGACGCUGGUUUGGCCUGAACUUAUUCAGAGUGCAGAACACUGAUAAGAAAAGUUUACUAGCACAGUGUACUGCUGGCAGAGGAGGCCUCAUGCUUUCUUUAGAUUAAAAACGCAUUGAACUUAAACACAAGCAACGUUUUUAACUUGAACAUUUUGUGUACAGCUUUUAAGGUAGUAACGUUUCUUGAAUAAGCAAUGAUGUGUAUUAUUAAGAUGGGGUCAUACUCUCAACAAGCUGGUUACAAUUAUAUCUUCGAGUACUUGUGUAUUUGCUCACUUCGCCAGUGGAAGUGUAGCGAUGAGGAGGACGUCUGUCGCUCACUGAAUGGACCACAUAUGACUGUACAAGUUUAUUGAUAUGGAUACUAUGGGUUAAAUCCAAAGGGCCUGUUUGUCAGUUAGCUAAGGUAACUCCUGUCUCCUAUCAUAUUAAUACAUUGUAUUCCACGUUUUAUUGUUGACUAUAUAACAAUAAAAAAGCAACAGAAAAGUGAUCCCCCAGCGUAGAGAGACCGUAAAAUAGAACAUUUUAAAUUUAAUUUAAAUAUCUCGUGCCGUGCCCUUUCAAUUUCAUGGUUUGAAAAGACAAUCCGUUUCAAUCCACGGCAAAGGUUCGUGUCUCACACCCAGAUAUUCUUAGGCUACAAUUGAUCAUGACACUAUUUUGUGCCUUCCUUGUUGCUUAUACAAAAUCCUUGCUCACAAUGCAAACGUAAAUGGAACUUACUGCGGUCAAUCAAUUUCUAAGGGGUUCUGGGAAACUGUGUCGCAUUUUAGUUCCCUCGCACAGACUGAACUGAAAAUCAAGAUCUAUUUAUAAUGGCAUUAUAAUUUGGUUAAAAAUAGAAGUAAAAUUAGCACAGAGGAAUCUUUUUACGAAAGUCUGGAAUUGAACUACUUGUUUUUGUUUUUUUAUAUAUAGCAACUUAUAAGGAUCAUCCGACUGAAAGGAAAUUGCGGCUCUCCAAGAGCAUUAACUUGGUAAAAGAAAUAAAUUCUUACGGAACUUUCGCGUUUUAGUUGCAGUGGUUGAAGCUAUACCUUCGGGCAAAAUGAUCAGGAGUAUUGGAUUUCGUUCUGCGUUAGUUUUCAUUCUCUUUCUCUCCUUCAGUGAAGCUUUUACUGGUCCUUUACAACCAGGGAAAAGAGCCGGAACAAAUCUGACGCGGACACAGGUAGAUACCGCUAACUCAGUCCGCAGAAAACGUUGGUUUUGAAAAAGGUCUUUUUCUUUUUACUAGUUAAAGAUUUUGGGCUUAUAGUUUUUCUUGACCAAGUUUGGAGGUGCUAGGCCUAGGGCGUCGCAAACAUUUGUUGAGGGCCUGCAUUAAGUGCUUUAACGGAAAGCUGUCGUCUAUAAGGGUUUUUUGUGUCUUGUUUCAAGUUUGAAAUCCAUACCGAAAUAAGUAUACGAUGGAUUUACAUAUUGCUAAACGCACUUUUAAAAUACAAUCCAGCCAUGAAAGGAGGAAUCUUACGGCUUACCCUAAUUAUAUAAAAAAAAAGUCAUCACGUACUGAACGGGUUUUUUCAGUCAGUGCUUUCUUCUGACGGAUGUAUGCCAAAUUUUUAGAUUAAUGUUUUAACUAAAGCUAUUAUUUUCAUCAUUUUGUAACAGUGUAUUCUCUGUUGGAAAAGAAUUUACUUGAGGGGAAGGAACAUUAGUCACGUGACGGCCAAUGGAAGUAAUCAGCAAUUACCGCAGACCACUCAUUUCAGGAAGCAUCAAAACAAAGUGCUUAAAAAUGGAGUAAAGCUUCAAGAACGGACACGGCUAUAGAGAAAUCAUGGUUUCCCCAAUUUAAUGUUAAUUGAUACAGCUUUGUUAAUACGCCGGCACUAUAAAUAAAUGAAACAAUUUCAAAUGCGCGCGCACCGGACUUUCUUCAGUAUUCUCUCCCCAUGUCUCCAUGUUACUUUUAUAAAACUAUUUUUUCAAUGAACCAGUCUUUAUAUUUUUACUUAACAAU